AUGGCGUUGCAGAUCCGCGGGAUUCCGAUGACAGGCGGCCAAAUUGUUACCCCAGAGAGGUUGAACCGUAUUUUGCUCAGACAGUUUUCACCAUGUCUCUCCCCAAGACUUAGAAGCAGUGGUACGUCUAAGGAGCUGACAAGGGCUUCGACGGCUUCGUUUACCAAGACGCCGCCGUCCCCAACCCCCGGCGAUAAUGAGGUUCUCGUCCACCUCCGCGGCGCCUCUCUCAACUACCGCGAUCUCAUCAUCCCCAAGGGCGAAUACCCUUUCCCUCUCAACUUCCCAGUAGUAGCCUUCUCCGAUGGUGCCGGUGAGGUUGUCGCUGUUGGAUCAAAGGUCACAAAGUGGAAGAAGGGCGACAAAGUCCUUACUCUCUUCAACCAAGGCCAUCAGAGCGGUGAUAUAGACAUCAAGACUAGCAAGACCGGUCUUGGUGGGUGCAUUGAUGGUACUCUGAGGCAGUAA